GCCGCGGACCUGGAGGCGGAGGCCGCGGACUUCUUGGAGCGGUUCGAUCAGAAUGCCAGCACACAGAUGUACCAGUACUCCCUGGCAUCGUGGGCCUACAACACUGACAUCAACCAGGAGAACUCAGACCGGCUGCUGGAACAGGAAAAAAUCUGGGCCGCCUUCUACAGCCGGGCGUCAGAGGAGUCCAGAAAGUACCCCAUCCAGCAGAUCCAGGACCCGAGCAUCAAGGUCCAGCUCCUGUCCUUACAGGACAAAGGUUCUGGAGCUCUGAGCCCGGACAAAGCUGCACAUCUGAACAAGGUGCUGAGUGAGAUGAGCACGAUCUACAGCACGGCCACUGUUUGUGGACUCGACGACCCGCUGGACUGCCACACUCUGGAGCCGGGUUUGGAGAACAUCAUGGCCGAAAGCAGGAACUACUCGGAACGCCUUCACGUGUGGGAGGGCUGGAGGAAAGAGGUGGGGAAGAGGAUGAGGCCGCUCUACGAGGACUACGUGGACUUGAAGAAUGAAGUCGCCAAACUCAACGGGUAUGAAGACUAUGGAGCCUACUGGAGGUCCAACUACGAGACCAUCGAGGAAGACGCUCAGUUCAAGUACACCAGACAGCAGCUGAUGGACGACGUUCGCUCCAUCUACAAAGAGAUCUUGCCGUUAUAUCAGGAGCUGCACGCCUACAUGAGAGCCAGACUCACGGAGGUCUACCCAGGCCACAUUGAUCCAGAGGGUCCUCUGCCGGCCCACCUGCUGGGUGACAUGUGGGGCAGAUUCUGGACCAACCUGUACCACCUGUCAGUCCCCUACCCUGACAAGCCUGAUAUUGACGUGAGCAGCACCAUGGUGGAGCAGGACUGGUCCGAACUUCGGCUCUUUAAAGAAGCAGAGAAGUUUUUUAUGUCCGUGGGUCUGUACAAGAUGUUCAACAACUUCUGGACCAACUCCAUGCUUGUGAAGCCCAACGAUGGACGCAAGGUGGUGUGUCACCCCACCGCCUGGGACAUGGGGAAUAGAGAGGACUUCAGGAUAAAAAUGUGCACCAAGGUCGACAUGGACAACUUCCUCACUGUGCACCAUGAGAUGGGCCACAACCAGUACCAGAUGGCCUACCGGAACCUGUCCUACCUGCUGAGAGAUGGGGCCAACGAAGGUUUCCACGAGGCUGUGGGAGAAAUCAUGUCCCUCUCUGCUGCGACACCAAAACACCUGCAGAGCCUGAGUCUUCUGCCGGCUGACUUUGUCUACGACCAUGAAACGGAGAUCAACUUCCUGCUGAAGCAGGCGCUGACCAUUGUGGCCACGCUGCCCUUCACCUACAUGCUGGAGGAGUGGAGGUGGCAGGUGUUCGCAGGUAGCAUCUCCAAGGACGAGUGGAUGAAGCGCUGGUGGGAGAUGAAGAGGGAGUUGGUGGGAGUAGCAGAACCAGUUCCACGGGACGAAACUUACUGUGACCCCGCCACUCUGUUUCACGUCUCUGGAGACUAUUCUUUCAUUCGGUACUUUACAAGGACCAUCUACCAGUUUCAAUUCCAGAAGGCCCUCUGUGACGCAGCCAAUCACAGUGGAUCUUUGUCAUCAUGUGACAUCACUGGGUCCAAAGAAGCAGGAACCAAGCUGAGAAAUAUGUUGGAGCUGGGCCGGUCUCAGUCCUGGACCAGAGCUCUGCAUACCAUAUCCGGAGAUACCAGAAUGGACGCCCGGCCCCUGAUGAAGUAUUUCCAGAAACUUUAUGACUGGUUGAAGGAGGAUAACAGGAAACACAACCGGGCUGUAGGCUGGAAGACGGCAGAUCCACCUUCUGAUCAUUCCAUUAAAGUGAGAAUAAGUUUGCUUGCAGCCAUGGGCGACAGCGCUUAUACCUGGAACGACAAUGAGAUGUACUUCUUCAAAUCAAGCGUAGCUUACGCCAUGAGGCAGUUCUACUCCCAGAAGAAGCAGACGCUCCUCUUUACGUCAGAAAAUGUCGUCACCUUUAAAGAAACUCCCAGGAUCUCCUUCUACAUUGCGGUGACCAACCCUCAAACUCCGACUGUUUACAUCCCAAAGGCAGAUCUGGAGGCGGCCAUCAGGUUGAGCCGCGGUCGGAUCAAUGAAGCCUUCCAGUUGGACGACUGGACGCUGGAGUUUGUGGGAAUCCACCCAACGCUGGCGGCGCCCAACGAGAAGCCGGUGGAGGUGUGGCUGGUGGCGUUCGGCGUGCUCAUGGUCAUCGUGGUGUUGCUGGGUGUUUACAUUCUUGCAUCUGGUGUCAGAGCGCGCAAGAAGUGA